GAGAAGCCUGUGCUGUUAGUGGAGAGGGUUAAUCUCUGGACACAUGUUAGUUUUGAAAUACUUGUUGCAAUUCUGUUGCUACUUAUUGUACCCUGAACAAAUGUUUCAAUCACGUCAGAAUUUCACGUCAGUGCAAAUACUGGCAUGCAGUUAUGUGUGUAUAGCGUUUCACGGUAAAGAAGAAAAGCAAAGUUUAGCUUGGAAACACAAAGUCAUUAUCAGAAACCUUCUUGAAACGGAACUUGUCAAUUUGAAUCGUUAAAAAAGAAUCAUCUAUGAUAGAUCAGCACUAACUGACGCCUUUCACAUGGACCCAAGAUGCGCAGCUUUCUGAAUGGCGUCAGCAAACCAGCAAUACAACAUGUGGACUACUGGAGACAUCUGAGUGAAUGUGAUCGCCUUGAUUAAAAACAAAGAAUACAUCUAAUAUAUUCUGUCACUUCCGGGACUAAUAACACAUGGCGGAUUAAACCAGUCUUAUUCUUAAUACUGACUACUGUUCACUACUGAAUCAUGACCACAAGCUGGUUGUAGUUACAAACGAGGAAAGAAAAAAACACACCAGUGAAAAUUAGCCAUCAUUAAUCACAACGCUGAAAAAAGUAGGGUUAAAGUUAACAUCAGAUUGUGUCAGCGUUAUAAAAAGAAUAAACUAGCCAAAACACAGACGAACAAUUAGGAAAGGUGAGAUAAUGAGACUGAAGGAAAUACAAGAAAAAAAACAAACAAAAAAAAAAAAACGAUGUGCACUCCCUUGUUGUAGACGUCACCUGGGAAACAGGUUCAGCACCAAGGAGAGAGCCUGCUUGCUGCCCGCCUGCUUCCGCUGGGAGCUCAGUGUGCAGCAAUGGGUCCCUGUCUGCAACAGUAACACAGGGAGGAAGCGCUCUGAUGCAAGCAGUGGGAAGCAGAACCAAGAAUCCUACAUCCCUGCCAUGGCUGGGGCAGCAGAUGGGUUGAGGAGUGAAGCUGUGGACCCAGCUCACAUCAGCAUGUCUGUAGCCGACCCCACAGCUUGGGCCACUGCUAUGAACAACCUUGGAAUCGGCCCUAUGGGGCUCACUGGACAGCACCUACUUUCAGACUCAGUCUGCUUACCGGGGUUUGAUCCUGGUCUGGGAAUAAUGACUGGCAUCACCUCAAUUAACCCUAUGAUGGCUGGAACGAGCUUGGUGCCGCCUCCACCGGUACCUUUAGAGCUCACGAUCAUCAAAGAAAUCAUUCACUGCAAAAGCUGCACACUCUUCCCUCAGAACCCAAAUCUGCCACCACCGUCGACAAGGGAAAGACCUCCAGGAUGCAAAACCGUGUUUGUGGGAGGACUGCCAGAGAAUGCCACAGAGGAGAUCAUUAGAGAAGUAUUCGACCAGUGUGGGGAAAUCACUGCCAUCAGGAAAAGCAAAAAGAACUUCUGCCAUAUUCGCUUUACUGAGGAGUUCAUGGUUGACAAAGCAAUCUACCUGUCAGGUUACCGCAUGCGGAUUGGAUCAAGCACGGAUAAAAAGGAUUCAGGACGCCUUCACGUUGACUUCGCUCAAGCGAGAGAUGACUUCUAUGAGUGGGAAUGCAUGCAGCGCCUGCUGGCCAGGGAAGAGCGGCACCGGCGCAAGAUAGAGGAAGAGAGGUUGCGUCCACCAUCUCCCCCUCCCAUAAUGCACUUCUCAGAGCACGAAGCGGGCCUGCUGGCAGAGAAACUCAAAGAUGACAGCAAGUUCACAGAAGCUAUUGCUGUGCUCGUCACCUGGAUCGAUCGUGGAGAGGUGAACCGUCGCUCUGCAAACCACUUCUACUCCAUGGUCCAAUCAGCAAACAGCCACGUGAGACGACUGAUGAAUGAAAAAGCAAUCCACGAAGAAGAGAUGGAGCUGGCCAAGGAGCGGUUCAGAAAUUCGAUGUCGGGAAUCCUAACGCAAUUUGAGCAGAUUGUGGCUGUUUUCUCCGCCGCUACCAGGCAAAGGGCAUGGGACCAUUUCUCAAAAGCACAGCGCAAGAACAUAGACAUUUGGCGAAAGCAGUGCGAGGAGCUGCGCAAUGCUCACAGUGAGGAGCUUAUGGGUAUACGGAGUGAAGAGGAGAUGGACAUGUCAGAGGAUGAGUCGGGGGAAAAUCCCAACAAGAAAAUCAAAAUCCAUGACUCAGCCUUAGCUGCUCAAGCAUAUGCCCUGAAAGAAGAGAAUGACAGCCUUCGCUGGCAGCUGGAUGCGUACAGGAACGAGGUGGAGCUGCUGAAACAGGAGCAGGGGAAGGUGUGCAGGACUGAGGAGGAUCACACCAAGGAGCAUCAGCUUCACUUUCUACAGCAGACCAUGCAGGGCAUGCAGCAGCAACUGGUGGAGCUACAAGGAGCGUUACAAAGGAAAGAAUCUGAGCUAGAACACGCAAAGGAAGAGCAAAGGUGUACAGAGGUGCAGCUCAACGCCUUCAAAGAAAAGUUACUGCACAGUAUGGAGGCUAUGAAAACUAUCAGCAGUGAGUCACAUGCUCAAGGAAUAAAUGGAUGCACAGGACAAGUACUUCACCACGAUAAAGAAAAGAACACAGAGAAACACGUUCAAGGACCUCUGAAAUCAGAGAAAGAAGCCCUUUUAUUGGGCAUAAUAUCAACCUUUCUUCAUGUUCACCCCUUUGGUGCCAACAUAGAGUAUCUGUGGUCCUACAUACAGAGACUGGAUGCCAAGGUCUCUGCCAGUGAAAUCGAGACACUCAUGCUGCGGCUGCCCCACAUGUUCAAACAAGAGUUCACGGGUGUGGGGGCCACGCUGGAGAAGAGGUGGAUAUUCUGUGGCUUUGAGGGAAUUAACACUGUCUGAUCCAGGGAAAUGAAUGGGCUUGUUAACGAGAAGCACGCUCCUGCAAGACUGCAGGUUUACGUACCUCCUGAUUGAGAUAUGUGGUUAUUGCACGUAGCGGUGUGCUUGCACAGCCCCAGCCUGGUUUUUAAUUACAUCUCUCUUGUUCCUUGUGAGUGAAGGUGUAGUUGUGCAGCAGUUAUUAAAAGUCUCCGUGUGUCGAAUCGAGACAGAUCUAUGUACUUGAAAACUCAUUCCAGAGUAACAGGGCUGGUCGAGUGAGAUAAUUGUUUGCUGGGUUUAGGAAUGAACAUGGUAAUGCUCAGCAGAGCCAGCCACCCAACCAUAAACUGUCACUAUCUACUGCUUUAAAAGGGUGUACUUUUGUUUUCUGUGACAGCUUUAAAACAGGAGGAAAUUGCCAAAAAGCUAAUAUGUGCAAAUGAGAGACCAUACGUGUUUUAAAUCCCAGACACACAGCGUCAAAUAGGAGUUGUAGACAGUUCCUCUGGUGAACGCUGAUUGUAAUGCUUCCUUCAGAGAUGCUGAUCUGUAAAAUCAGGUUUCCUUUAUUGUUUUCAUAUUACCCAGAGCUGAAAUAAAAAGAAACCACUGUCUUGUGUAAUAAUAAUACAUAUAGUAGCAAUGCGUGUUGUAAUAUACUGCUUUGUGAACUAGAUACAUACAUGUCAAAUCCUAUCAAAAACUUGUAUAAAUUAUUUUUUAUGAAAUAAAGUUUUUAUCAAUACA